AUGACAAUUGCUUAUCAAAACACGAAGGUAUGACCACCCGGUCUUUCUUGCGAUUGCCCACGCUUUUGGAUGGUUUAUCGGUGGUUUAGCCAAAAGAAACGGUGGUAGAUGAUUUUGUUCUUGGCAAAUGUGUAAAUAUCGUAGGUGUUGUUGGUUUCGUACUUGUGACAAAGAUAUUUGUUCUAAUCUUAGAGAAAAGAGUACAUAAUUUAGAAAAACGAACGUUCCUCGAGUCGAUGCAUUCAAUAUUAUAGACAAUAAAACAAUUAACGAACACAAAGAAUUCCCAAGCAUGUAUUUAUCGCUUGUGCAAUCAUGUGGCAAUAAUGACGAUAUUUAAAAACCCUGAACUAUCCGAACUGCUCUUAGUACUCUGAUGAAGGUUGCAGUUAGCAACCGAAAAUUUAGAACUUUUUUAGACUUUUUAUUGUACAUAUUCUAGUAUUUUAAAAAGAAUUUUAGACCAGCUUCAACUCCAAAACUAUCAUGUAUUCCACUGGUCGCCUCAACAGCAUAUAUAUAUAUAUAUAUAUAUAUAUAUAUAUAUAUAUAUAUAUAUAUAUAUAUAUAUAUAUAUAUAUAUAUAUAUAUAUAUAUAUAUAUAUAUAUACAUAUAUACAGUUUUUCGUUUUACCUCAAAAAACCACAACAGUCUGUUCCAUCCGUAUAGGAAUCAUCAGGUGGUGAGUAAUUUCGAAAAUAUAGGUUAUAGGUUGCUUUUAAAUAUAGGUUGCUGUCUGGGUGAAUGACCAGUGUCGUGGAAGUUGUCCAAUUUUUUACGGCGGUCAGUACGAAACGACAGCGGGUUUUGAAAAGUGCAGUUGCAGCAGCGGCAUUCAGAGCAGUAACUACACUGGAUUUUGGUGUGAUUGGGAUGAUGGUGAUGGUGCAGUGAUGAUAAUUGGUGGAGGAGGAAGUGGUUGUGCCAGACCAGAUCAUGGUAUUGGAAUAACAGAGGCGAAUGCAGCAAAAUUUGGUGGAAGCCUACCUUAUUGUACCCCACCGGAAUUAGCACCCGAAAAGUAG